AUGGCCGCAUCUCAGAGCCCGAGAACCAUCUCCACCGACACAACACACGCCGAACAGCCCUCGUCCCACUCCACAUCCUCGUUUAUUCUCAACCUUCCAUCUGAGCUAUUGUCGAAGAUUGUGGAAAUAGUUGCCGAGCAGGAGCAGCCGCGAUCCCCUGUAUCUACAUACGAACGCGACAACGUCAGAAGAAGGGCGGAGCGGCAGGCGUUCUGGCUUUCGCUAAUAGAAGGAGGAACCUUGGGAUGGAUACGAUUGACGCACGUCUGCCGGGAUUGGAGGGCAACAAUCUGUGGAAACAUGCCGCUGCUCUGGGCACGACAUAUUGGCUGUUUCCGGACCGCCGGAGCGGUGGAGGAGAUGGUUCGACGCGCCGGAGAUGAUGUACCGAUCACCGUUGGAUUUGGCUCGGCCAGGACUACCCCGGACGAUUACUGUGAGCCCUGGACCAUCAUUGAAGAGCCCGCCAAGUCAUGGUCUUCAAUCCAAGCGGCCGCAUACAGAUCUCGCAUACGUUCUCUCUCCAUCAUCGACAUGUGUGGUGGAGAUAGUGAACACGACGCCGCUCCUCCUAUCAUCGACGAACUAUCAAGGCUGGAGGUUCUUACAGUGAAAUACCUCGUCUUUGAUACAUGCCAUAUCAAGGAUUCCAAGUUUCGCCAUCCCGACCUGCCCAUCAUCCGGUCUUCCUGCCUACAUCGAGUGCUAUACAGAAACUACUUCCUACCAUGGACCGCUUCGGGAUUGACACAUCUCUGCAUUGCCUUCGACGGCGUCAGACCCGGCCUUCCUGCUUUCCUCUUACAUGACGCUCUGACUUCGAUAGCGGCUACAAUCGAAGAGCUCAUGUUCACCUUUUGCGUACAUGGCGACUUUCUUGAUGCACGCCCGUCGUCGUACACAACGCCACACCUACAGACGCUACGUGUCUGCGACAUGAACGCAUGCAUUGACGCCUUACUUCAGAGGCUUUGUAUCCCGGAUACAGUGGAGCUGAAGCUGAUGCUUAAACCUAUCGACGUGGAUUGGCGCGAAAUAACGCAAGCUAUCACCAUGCAUGCGCUUCUCAGGCCCUCGUCUGCACCUCCUCUCAUCUCGUUGGGUACACCCGCGCAUGCUCACGAAAGCAAUGCAUUGCCAGCGCUCUUCUCUCAGUUCAUUACGGAUUCCCUCGCGAUGGACGGUACCCAUCCCGUGCCCUACCGCGUGGGCAACGACGGCGGCACGAUCGGAUCUCACAAUCUAAUCAAUCUUCAUCGGGCGAUAUUCCGCAUUAUAGGCGACUGGCCAGCCCCAGUAUCCUUCGCCUUUGACACCCCUCUUUGGAAAUCCAUAUACAACGUUGAGGAGACCCUCCUUUCUUUCCCACACAUCCACCAGCUUCGCGUGCGUGAUCCGCUCCACAUCGAAGACGUGAUUGGGCCGUCAACCCUGGACGACUUCUCAUUCCCGCGCACCGCGUUCGCAACUCCCGCUUCGCGAUUGGACCUACUCUGGGUUGUGCAGAGUAUCUCUGAUUGGACGUUUUAUAAGGCAGCCGUAUACUGCUUCGCGUUGGCUGCGAGAGUGAAACAGGAGACGUCGCUCGCCGAGGAGGAAGGUCAGACAGCCAUCGAGCAGCACAAGCCGAUUGUGCGGCUGCGUUUGGAUUUUGUUACGGUUGGGACCACAGUUCAGCAGGAGGACGGGAGGGAGCUUCUCGAUGUGCUUGGAGAGAUUGCUGAGGUUGUUGAGUUGCGCUUUCUACGAUAG